AAGUUUCGGUUUUAUUAAAUACUAACAAUCUCAAAAAUUUUCUUUUGUUUUUGUAACUUUUACGUUAAAAAAAAUCAGCUGGGAUCAUGUCGCCACUGUAUUAAUACACAUUGAGUUCUAUUUAAAAUAUAAUGCAUCGCUUGUUUCAUACAAUGAUAGAAGAUAUAUUUGUUUAAUUUAUAUAUUUGUCUAUUUUAUAUACAUGUUAAUUUUAAUGGAUUACGAGUUUAAAAAUAUUUUUAUUAAUUAUGUGUACUGUUCCACCAAAGUUUUUCCAAGUUUGUCGCCUUUGUCUAAUGUUAAUUGAGGAACAUGAUAUAUCAACACAUCGAAUUUAUAGUACAACUAGUGUACCAAAUGAUUCUGUCAAUGAAUGUAAAUGUAACAAAAAUCUAGACAAUGUUAAAUGCUGCAAUAUAGUUCAGAAAUGUAGCAGUUGUAAUAAAUACGGAAAACAACAAAAUUUGGAUGACUCGAUACCAAACAUUCAUUCGUCGCUACCGCGAGUGCCUUUAUCACUUAACCCUUUGAAAACAUAUUCUAGUAAUAUAAAAUACGAUGAAGAAUACUCAAAUAAAUUAGAUAUUUGUAAGAAAAAUACACCUGUAAUUAAUCAAUCUUAUGGCAUUACUGAUGAUUCAUCAGCGAACAUUGCUUUACAAAUAUAUAAGUGCCUGGCAUUAGAAGUAAGUAUUGUUUAUAGUUUUUAAGUUAAAAAAUUACAUAUUUUAUAACAAAGU